AUGGGCAAAGUGACCAGAAAUCCGGUCGAGAGGCAGCAGGUGAGUGGAAAGAGACACGAACAGACUGUUCAAGGAAUACGAGCAGAAUGGACGAGAGGACCGGGCGAGAGGAUGCUUGAUGCCGGCGAGCAUGGGAAUCACAGGCAAGGCGCUCUGCUCGGUGAGGCGACCGUGUACGUGGCCAGGAACGGAUCUGCGAGCCGAUCAGACAGAUCCGGAUGGGCGGUCCGAGUCGGAUCGGCAAAUCGAGAGGGAGGGUGUGUAAGGUACAUAACGGGUGUGGUGACGCCACACUAA